GCUUUUCUUCUUCAACAGAAUUGCCAAAACCCUAACCCCCAAAUUAUGUAAGAGAAUCAGAAGAUUACACCUUCGUUUCAGGUUUUUAUGCGCGUUACGCGUAUCCCCUACUGUUCUGAGGUUCGGAAAUUGGAGCUUCGAGUUCGGCCAUGAAGUUCUUGAAGGAGGAUUUCUUGGAGUUGCAGAUCGGGAGCUCCGCCGAGUCGCUGCGCAAGUCCCUGGACUCGCAGAGAGAGCUUUUCCACAGCCAGAUCGAUAAGCUCCAGAGAAUCGUCAUCACGCAAUGCAAACUCACCGGCGUCAAUCCGCUAUCUCAAGAAAUGGCAGCUGGUGCACUUUCAAUAAAAAUCGGAAAAAGGCCUAGAGAUUUACUAAACCCAAAGGCUGUAAAGUAUAUGCAAUCUGUUUUCUCCAUUAAAGAUGCGAUAAGCAAGAAGGAAUCUCACGAGAUUAGUGCUCUGUUUGGUGUCACUGUCACACAGGUUCGUGAAUUUUUUGCUAGUCAACGUUCAAGAGUCAGGAAAUUAGUUCGUUUGUCGAGGGAAAAAGCAAUAAAAUCUAGUGCAUGUUCAGAACAGCAUAAUGAAGUUCCAACAAGCUUUGAUCCAUUAGUACCUUUUGAUCCGGUCCCCUUAAACACUGUUGGCCCCACUAAUGUUGAGGAAACACCAUCUUGCUCUACCAAAGAUGAUAGUCUAUCUGACUUAGAUGACUUAGAUAAGCAAUUUGUUGAGAGUAUUUUCAAUUUAAUGCGGAAAGAAGAAACAUUUUCCGGGCAGGUGAAACUGAUGGAGUGGAUUUUGCGGAUACAAAAUUCUGCAGUAUUAUGUUGGUUCUUAAACAAGGGUGGUAUGAUGAUUUUGGCAACAUGGUUGAGUCAAGCAGCCGCUGAAGAACAAACAAGUGUUCUUCUUGUCAUCUUAAAUGUACUUUGCCAUUUGCCUCUACAUAAAGCUCUUCCUGUGCAUAUGUCAGCCAUACUGCAAAGUGUUAACAGACUGCGAUUUUACAGAUCUUCAGACAUAUCAAACAGGGCAAGGGUUUUGUUAUCCAGUUGGAGCAAGUUAUUGGCUAGAAAUGAAGCCCUGAAGAAACUGAAUGGCGUAAAAUCAUCUGGUGAUGCACAACAAGAAUUAAUCCUGAAGAACAGUUUAAAUGAUGUUAUUGCUGAUGAAUCAUGGCAGUCAAGUAUAGAUACUCCUGAAAAGUUUCUUGAUAAUUCAGAGAAUUUCAGGACAUCUGAGACCACACAGGCACUGAAAUUGUUGUCGGCAUCUUCAGAUGAUUCAAAUAAGAAGCAUAUUCUAGGCGUAUCUUCAUCCCAAAUUCGAGAACGCAGAAAAGUUCAAUUAGUGGAACAACCUGGUCAGAAAACUGCUGGGAGAAGUCCACAGGCUGCAAGAGCAGUGCCAUUAAAUCAGAGCAGACCAAUGUCUGCUGAUGAUAUCCAAAAAGCAAAAAUGCGGGCACAAUUCAUGCAGAGCAAAUACAAGAAAGCUAGUUCAUCUAAUGAAAAUAAAGAAGUGAAGACUGAAGGAUUUAAACCCUUGGCCUCUCAGCUCAGCGUUUUGCCUUCAGUGUCUAAAGCUCCGCUUCGACCUAGUGUUGAGGAACACAAGAAACCUGCAGCACUUCCCAUGAGAGCUCCUAAUGUUCUCGAAGCAUCUAUUGAUCCAAAGCCAAGAGUAGAUUUGAAGGAGCCAUUGUGGGAGAAGUACUGUAGGGUCCAGAUCUCUUGGCAGACACCUCCAGAAGUAAAACUCAAUCAUUUAUGGAGGGUCAGUACUGGUGAGAAUAGUAAAGAGGUGGAAGUCCAGAAAAACAGAAACCGUCGUGAGAAGGAAACUAUAUAUCAGACGAUCCAGGAGAUACCAUCAAACCCCAAGGAGCCAUGGGACCUGGAGAUGGACUACGAUGAUACAUUGACCCCUGUAAUCCCAAUAGAACAGUCUCCUGAUGCCGACGGCAUGGAGCCAGGGGUUGCCUCUAAUCAUGGUGUAAAUAAUGCAGCGACACAUGUUACUCCUGGUCACGGGGCAAAUUGUUCUGUUUCUACUUUACAAGUUGGUAAUCUGAGCACAGCUGAACCGGAUUUAGAGUUGCUCGCUGUGCUGCUUAAGAACCCGGAAUUGGUAUUUGCCUUGACUUCAGGCCAAGCCGGCAACUUAUCAAGUGAGGAUACUGUGAAACUGCUUGAUAUGAUUAAGGCUGGUGGGGCUGGUAGUAGUGCCAGUAGUUUCAAUGGGAUAAAUACAGUGGAAGAGAAGGUUGAAGUUUCGCUUCCAUCCCCAACUCCUCCGAGCAAUUCUGGAACGACUUGGUGGAGACCGGAAUCAGCUAGGAAUCCAUUUUCUCAAGUCAACAGAGCGGCCGAAAAUCCACCAGCAGUGGCUGCCAAUAAGUUGGUGCUGCCGCAAAUGUCAGCACCUCACAAUGAUCCUCCACGACAACCGGCUACUGCCCUGUCGGCAAUUCCUCAAUACUCACUGCCUCAAGUACCUGAAAAAUACACUUCUCUACAUCACAACCUCCUAAACAGCUCUGCCACUGUACAAAGAAAUUCACCCCUCGUUAGCGCACCACUCUUGCAUAACCUACACUCUUCACUUAGUGUUGAGAGCUUAAGUAACAUCAAACCGGCACAUAUAUCUACUAACUCGUAUAGCGCAGAGGAAAGACAGCACAGUGCAAUCCCACCAACCCCUUUGGUUCCAAUAACAGUGCGGCCGCAGACGCAACCACAGUCACUGCAACACCCACACCAUCACCAUCAACAACUUUAUUCCGAGCCAUAUCUGCCUGCACCUGCAUACGCCAAAGAAAUUGGAAAACCGAGUUAUGUGCCUGAUUCUUGGAGAGGCAGGCAGGGUUUACCUUCAAAUUACAACCCGGCUUUAGUGAACCAAAACAAUAGUUACAAUGCCUCUCCAUUUGGAGGCCCUGUGCAGCCUCCUCAGAGUCAGUGGGAAGGGAGUCAUGAGUAUGUGGAGGGAGAGGAGUUUGAGUCGUGGAGCCCAGACAAUAGUCCGACUAGAAACCGUGAGUAUGUGAUGGGAAGAAACUUCCCGGAACCCAGAAUGAAUCCCGGACGGGGCUUCCGGCCCGAUCAGUUCAGGAUGAGGAAUUCCUCUGGAUACAGAGACCAUAAUAGGCAUGGAAACAGACGGUGGCGUGACCGGAGACGAUGAUUUGUACUGGAUUUUGGGGGCGGGGUUUGUCAGAUUUUGUUUAUUCAUGGUAUAAAAUGAAAUUUUGUUAAUAAUGGAUUUUGUGCAUGGUGGCGUUUGGAAAUUGAGACUUUAUUAGUCUCCUUCAAGGGGUUUGUUGAAA